GCAAAGCUGCAGCCGGACGGAAACAAUGCCGUGGACCCACCCACCUCCGCUCCAGUCCACACUAAACCAAACUAACCCAACCCUGCCGCUCUCUGCUCGGCUCUUCCUGGUUCUGAACUCCGUACCUCUCAAGUUCUGAAGAUGAGUUACCCAGGAUACCCGCCUCAAUCUGGUGGGUACCCUCCUCAGACGGGUUACCCACCUCAACCUGGCGCUUAUCCACCACCUCAAGGAGGCGGCUACCCUCCAGCAGGAGGCGGCUACCCCCCACAGGCUGGAGGCUACCCCCCACAGGCUGGUGGAUACCCCCCACAGGCAGGCGGAUUCCCACCCCAGUCCGGUGGUUACCCUCCAGCAGCAGGCAGUUACCCCCCAGCAGCAGGGGGCUACCCUCAGGCCGGGGGCUACCCUGCCCCAGCCGGAGGCUUCCCUCCUCAGGCAGGAGGCUACCCAGCACCGCCUGGAGCUGGAGGUUACCCUGCCAUGCCUCCAUCAGGUGGAGGCUGGGGUGCAGCACCAGGCGGAUACGGAGCGCCGGGAGGAGCUCCGCAGGGUUACCCAGGGGGCCCUGCACCAGGCCAGCCCAUGCCGAAUUACCCAGCAGGCCCUGCAACUAGCCCCUCAAUGCCUGCACAUGGAGGUGGCGCUCCGUCCCACCCUCAGGCACCGGCCUUUCCUAAAGGCUACAGGGGCUCCAUGAAGGACUUUCCAGGGGCCGAUCCACUGAGGGAUGUGGAGGUUCUUCGGAAAGCCAUGAAGGGUUUUGGCACUGAUGAGAAUGCCAUAAUCGAACUUCUUGGAAAUCGUACCAACAAGCAGAGGGUUCCAAUGGUCGCAGCUUAUACCACCUAUGGAAAGGAUUUAAUCCGCGAUUUGAAGUCUGAGCUCACUGGAAACUUUGAGAAUCUGGUUCUUGCCAUGUUGAUGAGCCCCGCGCAGUUUGAUGCAGCUGAACUCCGAGAGGCCAUAAAGGGUGCAGGGACAGAUGAGGCCUGUCUCAUUGAGAUCCUUUCAUCACGCAACAAUGCAGACAUUCAUGAAAUCAACAGAAUCUACAAAUCUGAGUACGGGAAAACCCUGGAGGACGCCAUCAACAGUGACACCUCUGGUCACUUCCGCAGACUCCUGGUUUCUCUCUGUCAGGGCAACCGUGACGAGAGGGAAACUGUUGACGUGUCUUUGGCCAAACAGGACGCUCAGAAAUUGUAUGCUGCUGGGGAAAAUAAAGUGGGAACAGAUGAGUCCCAGUUUAAAGCCAUAUUGUGUGCUCGUAGCAAGCCUCACCUUCGUGCAGUGUUCCAGGAGUACCAGCAGAUGACUGGUAGAGACAUUGAGAAGAGCAUCUGCAGGGAAAUGUCUGGCAACCUGGAGUCUGGCAUGGUUGCUGUGGUGAAAUGCAUCAAGAACACUCCUGGCUACUUUGCAGAAAGGCUGCACAAAGCCAUGCAGGGAGCAGGGACCAAGGACAGAACCCUGAUCCGCAUCAUGGUGUCCCGCUCUGAGAUAGACAUGUUGGACAUCAGACAGGAGUAUCUGAGGACCUACGGCAAAUCACUGUACACUCACAUCUCAGGCGAUACCUCUGGCGACUACAAGAAGCUGCUGCUGAAGCUCUGCGGAGGAAGCGACUAAUCGACGGAAAACGGCUUCACCGUAAAGGACGACUAAAGUGUCCACACUGAAACAUUGUUCUAGUUCUAUAAGCCACAUAUGAUGCAUGCAGUUAAUUUUGUACACUAUGUGUUGAAGUAGACAGCUGCCAAAUAGUAAAUAUAUUUAUAUAAAGAUUUAUAAAUAGAGUGGAUAUGCUAAAUCUUAGAGCUAAUGCUAAAUCCCGCCACAUGUACUAAUUUUACACAGAAUUUACGUAAAAAUGCUGAACUAUAUGUCUGAAGUGGUUAAAGAAAUCCCCAGAAGGAGGAUUAAUGAAGAUAAAAUUAAGACAGAAAAAAAAAAAAGUACAUUGAUAGAUCCUUUUAUUUGUUUGUCAUGUACACAAAGUGCCCAACCCUCAAGGGAAUCAAACUACAAGUGCAGUGGUCAAACAUUUCAUGUAAUCACAAAAUCAGGUUAUUUUAUAGUUCGGCCUUCAAAUACUUUUUUCUCUGCGAGGCAUGGUGAAUAAAAUCUUCUAUAGAAUAAAAGGUUUCUGUCGUUGAACAAACAUCCUGCCAAAAGAUAUCAACAGAAAUA